UCUCCUCCACAUUAACUCGGGCUGUCGGUGAGGCCUUUGUCCGGUCAAAGUGGCAUGAAAACAGACGACAUAUAGGAAUAUUUCUUUUCUUACACAUUUCAUCGCUUUUCAUCGACAGAAGAUCAAAGAUUCGGCAGCAUGGGGGCCUAUGAAGAGAAAAAGGAGACGUGUGGAACUAUCUGCCUGAAAUACCUCCUGUUUACUUUCAACUUUCUCUUUUGGUUGGCAGGGGGUGUUGUGAUGGCGGUGGGUGUUUGGACCUUGGUGGAGAAGAGCGACUACAUCAGCCUUCUCUCCUCCAAGACCUACGCUGCCUCCGCCUACAUACUGGUCCUGGCCGGAGCCAUCGUCAUGGUAACAGGCGUGCUGGGCUGCUGUGCCACCUUCAAGGAGCAGAGGAGGCUACUGCGAGUGUACUUUGUCCUGCUGCUGUGUAUCUUCCUGUUGGAGAUCCUGGCUGGCGUCCUGGCUUAUAUCUACUACCAGCAGCUGAAUGAGGAGCUGAAGGAGAACCUGAGAGAUACCAUGACCCAGAAGUAUCAACAGAGCAGCCACGAGCACAUCACCAGGGCCGUGGACAAGCUGCAGCAGGAGUUCAAGUGCUGUGGCAGCAACAGUUCAUCCGACUGGGCUGAGAGCGUCUGGAUUCGCUCCAGAGACGCAAACAGCAGGAUGGUACCUGACAGCUGCUGUAAGACUCCCACUGAGCUCUGCGGCCGCAGGGACCACCCAUCCAACAUCUACAAGGUGGAGGGUGGUUGCAUCACCAAGCUGGAGAAAUUCAUUUUGGACCAUCUGAAGAUCAUCGGAGCGGUGGGUGUUGGGAUUGCUUGUGUACAGGUCAUAGGGAUGGUGUUUACAUGCUGCCUAUAUCGAAGUCUAAAGGCAGAGCCAUACUAAGAGCAGCAGAAGAAGAGAAGUGUGUGGGUAAAGGAGGUACCGUCAUCACCACAUGCCAUACUCAAAUAGCCCAUAGGUUCUUUUCUUUGCCUUGCACAUAGGGGAAGGGAAAUUUGGCAAGGGAUCAAAUUGCACAUCUGAGGAUCUCAUUUUGCAAAACAAAGGGUGGAAAAACACUACAAGGUUUCUUGAAGUAAUUAGGCACUCAAAUUGCAGUCUCAGCUACAUCUUCAAGAUCACAGCGCUGUGAGAAAAAGCCUCAGAGAGAAACUGAUGGGAAUUUUUAACCCAGAUUGUGUAAAUUAGCGCAGGACAGCCUCCACGGGACUCAAAACAUUGUAGUUUUCUUCCACCCCGAUUCCCUCGAUGUACGUUUGUUUGUGGACCAGGUGCUUCACCCUAGAGUGCUGUAAAGAUCAGCGAAGUAAAACUGGCACUUCUGCAGGAAAUGUUAAUCCUGGUCGCAGCAGCUUUCCUUCCCCAGCAGCGUGGUUUAACGAGCCCACCUCUGGGGCCCUCUUCAACUGCAACAGCAUUUUGUUUCCACGAUAAGUAGCUGGUCAUGCAUUUUAAAUAUUUGUUCGAUAGUGGCUUUUUAAACUUUUGAACUGUUAGUUUUUAUACUUUGUAAAUGAUUAUUUUCUGUAACACUUGAGGUGCUUUCUUAUGAGCUAUUAUGUUUUGCCUAAUGUGUCUUCACAGUGAUGUGUCAGUGUCUUGAUCAUGUUUUUAAUCACCUCUGCCUCCUUAAUGACCUGCUGAGAAACACACAUUAUCUGUCAGAGUGAAGGGACACAAAUUAGUGCCUUCUUGAACAGCAGAACGCCAGCAUUUUAACCCUCUGAUGUCUCAUUUCCGCUGCAAAGUUUGGCUCUACUCGAUUCCUUUUUAGCACCAGGUCCUUUUCUAUAUUUCAUUUUCCACUGCGGAUAUUAUCCCCUCAAUGUAGGCAGGAUUCUCAGCUGAUCAGCAUAGCGACACCUCAUGAAACUACCAUUACAUCAUCUUCAGCGUGACUCUUGCUGAAUCCUUUCAUCAGCAACCAAACAGAGACGCGUCUGCACUUCGUCAUUUGUAGAGGGGCUCACUAAUUAAUCCAUUAAAUCUUCUUCAAUUAAACCCUUGUAACAAUGGUUGACAUUUUAAAGGUGGUUGUGUGCUGAGUAUUUCAUGAUUGGAUGCCAGUCAGCUAAUGGAAACUACAGGAAGUUUACUACUCCUCUCCCACGAAAUAGUCCUGUACUUAUGCCUCAAGACUCGUCAUUUUUGGUACCAGGUCCUUUUCUCCAUUUUAUUUUCCGUCAUUACAGGCAGGAUUCUCAGCUGAACGCCAUAGUGAUGCUGCAUGAAAAUGUUUUGACAUCAUCUUCUACGCAAAACUUCUGAAUCAUUGCCAAUUGAUUUCAUUGCCAACCAAACAGAGAAUUGAUGGCUGACAUUUUUUUUAAAAUCUGGGUUUAGUAAAUCACAAAUUACCCUGCUAUCGAUGGUUUAAUUAUGUCGGGUUUGUGCAGAAUGUCUUGUGUCAACCCAGUCACCAGAAAACUUUAUGGACAUUUACGUCCAAAUUAAAAAUAUAUUGAAAUGCUUUUUCUUUUUCUUUUGUCAGUUAACAAAGCAAUAUAAUACUUAAAGCUACAUAGGUGCCAUCCACAGAAGUUAUGUUUUACUUUUCCCUAUCCUUAACCAAGUUAUUUUGGUACCUAACCUUGACCAAAAUGUGUUCACAUGUUUGUGUGUGUUUAAAGCAGCUGUCAUCUUAUGUUACGAUGAGAACGUGUUGCAGUGGUUCAGAAACGUAUAUAUUUGUAGUAAAAAAAAAAAUCAACGAUUCUUUGGUUUCAAGAAUGACCAAAAACAGUACCAGAUAUUAUUCAGAACCAAACCAAAAAGAGCGAGUCGACUUUUGUGCUCUGCAGUGGAAAUGCGACACAUGGUGUAAAGUGUGAUGUUAAUAAAGCAAUUAUGUUAAUGACACAUAAAAGCAGUGCCACUAAUAUUGCUCAUAGAAAAGUGCCUCAUGUUUGCUUCUUUUUUUUAUACAAGGGAUUUAUCCACUGAUGCCAAAGUUGUCAAGUGUAACUUUGUGUACGGACCUACUGUAUCUCUUCCAGCCUUAUUCACAUAUCUACUGACGCCUCUCUUUUCAUAAAUGAAGAUUUUGUUUACUUUUCUAUAGACCAUGAAUAUAUUAUUGUAUUUAACAGACACACUGGUAUGAAAUGAUAGUCUCUCUCUGCUGGCCAUGAUCUUCUCCCGUGUGCCUGAAAGACGACACUAAAUUAAUCUGCUGUAUUUCUGUCUUUGUGAUAAUCCUGGAGUUAUUUUAGUUUGAAUAAACAUUGAUCAACAAUA